AUGGCAGUUGUCUACAACAGUCGCCUGAGAGGAUUUGUGAUUCUUGACACUCGGGGAAUUGUCACCUGUAAACUUGACAGAAUUGGGUUGAAAGUUGAACGAGUCCUUCUCUAUCCAAAAUAUGAACAUCGGGUCAUUACUUUACUGCAGUAUGUCAAGAAAUAUAAUUGUUACUUUGUGCUUGAUAAGGAUUUUAUUGUGAAGGUACUGAAUAAAGAUUUUGAAGAGGUGUAUUCAAUGGACUCUGAAACAAUUGGAGCUUCAUUCAUGGUAUUCAAUUCUGUAACAGAUGAACUUUUCACCGGAGGUGUUGGAGGAACCAAGAUUUGGCAAUUCCAUAAGAUUUCUGCUGAAAUGUUUAAUGAGAUCAAACACCUCUCAAACUACCGACUCAGCCGAAAAACCACCCUCCCUAAGGUGGGAGGAAGCUGGGUCCAAAAAAUUCAAGUUAAUCCAUCAAUGAAACAUUUAUACUGUUGUUCUGAAAUGUCAGUUCAUGUAUACAAUAUGUCCGGGAAGUUAUUACACCAUUUUGAACAGGCUCACACUAUGACAAUCACUAGUUGCUGUUACUGCUACAAAGCGAAGGUUUUUGCAACAUCUUCCUGGGAUACAACAGUAAAAGUUUGGGGCUUGAAUGGAAGUCUGCUUCACACAUUCUGUGGACAUUCUAAACCUAUAUCCAAUCUCAUCCUUCAUCCAAAGAAUCCUUUGUUGCUUAUAUCCAGUUCUUUUGAUGGAACCAUCAAAAUUUGGUCCUUGGAAACAUUGGAUCAAAUCUACAAUUUGCCUGUAUAUGCCAGUGAUGGCCCCAUGUGGAUGUUCUUGACAGAAGAAAAUAUGAUUUCUGUGUUCAACCCUCAAGAAAUCAAGCUCUGGUCCCUUAACCAUUUUAUUAAUUUCUGGAACCUAACACGAUGCCCAAUAUUCCAUAUGUCCUUGCAACGAGGGGGCUCUCAAAAGUCAACACGGCUAAUGGCUGUUGGGACAGACAGCAGUUUAAGACUUUUUUCAAGGAAAAAUGGGAAGAAGUUAUGUACAGUGCUGCCUCCACCUUGUUUAUCUCCCUUGGAGCAACUCCUUGAUUUCUGCUACAACAGAGAAUUAAAUCUUGUUUAUUUACUUUUGAAUCCACAUACAAUAUGGAUUUAUACGUCAAGAACGGAUCCUGCCUGUCGACUGGCCGAAUGGGACACAAGGUACUUAGAAAAAAAUGAAGGUUCAACAUCAAAUACUCUCUACAGAAGCCAUGCACCUUCUGACUUUACUGUUGAAAAUUGGGCAGGUGACUCUUACCAGUGUACAGCAAUUUGCAUCUUAACUUCCUCAGUUGUCAUGGCAAUAGAUGCUGAUCAGUCCUGUCCAGAUUGUCAAGGGUUCCUCCUCCUUGGACUUCAGGAUGGUCGAAUUUUAUUCAUGGACCUCAUAAUCAAGGGGCUUAAAUAUUUGGAAUUCAAAGCUUCAAAAGAUGCAAUCACAGCUUUAUAUCAUGACAAACAGACAGACACCUUGGUUACCAAAUGUCAACUAAGUGAUCAUAACCUCAUCCAGAUUUGGAGUCUACCUGAAUUGCAUCUUCAAUUCAAUAUUCCUUGUGCACUGAACCAGACGACAUGGACAAGGCUGGGUCACACACUACUGACUGGUUAUAAGGAUGGACAUCUUUUUUGGCACAAAUUGAUACAAACUGAAGACCUUGGACCUCUAAAUCCCAAAACGUACCCAGAGUUUAAACCAGAUUUAAAACCAAGAAAGUCCCCACCUCACCAAGCGGAAAUACUCACCGUUGAUGCAUGUCCUUCCAGACUUUUAUUAUCUUCUUGCAGUUCUGAUGGCAACAUUAAGAUUUGGGAAGUAUCAGGAACACUUAUCAGAGAAAUAAUUCUGGAUGACUCUUUGGGUUCUAUCUGUUUUCUAAAUGACUUUGGUGAUUUGCUAGUGUCUUUCCAGAACCAUAUUUUUUGUAUCCCUCAUUCAAAAGUUUGUUCUCCUUCAACACCUGAUACAUUUGAAAAUGCUACCUCAUCGGCUGAAGAAUCUGAUAUCUAUGAAGAUCCCUCCAUUACUACUGAAGGCCUGGGAAUGAAUAAGCAAGAACCAGAAGGAAUGGAUUCUUAUUUGGUCCCUUAUGAAAUGGAUUUUUCAAAGUAUUUCUUACCAAGAAGGCUAUCCCAAAUGAUAGCUGAAGUGACUGAUGAACAAAAGGAUACUAGCAAAGUGGAAGUGCAAAUUGGAAAACUGGAAUUCUUAGAAGAAAAUCUAAGAGGUGCCCCAACAGAAGUGUACUUGUCUCCCAGAGAAAAUCUCUCAGAAUCUUGGAGUUCCACCUCAUUUCUUUCCCACACUGAAAAAAUUGAUACAUUCUGUGAAAUGGAUUAUCCUAUGCUUAAUACCUCACCAGUGCAGAGCCAGUCAUCUCAGUCAUCAAGAACAAAUUCUCCAAUUGAAGAGAUCAAAAUUCAGGUGAUGGAUUCUGGAGUGCUUAAGGAAGACAUUUCACCACUAUGCACAGAGACUUCACAAUCAACAAAUCUUCUGGAUUCUAAAAGGAUUCACUUCCAGGAUACAACCGAUGACUCUGCCUCUUCUGUGAUUAACUCUGCAGUUUCUGGCCCAAAUAAAGAAAGACACAAUACAAGGAUCACAGUUCAAGAAUCUCAAGCUUCACAGAAUGUAAAAAAGACUCCUACUAUGACUAAGAAAAAAAAAAGGAAGAAGUUUAUCCCUCGCCCCAAGAAGUGCGUAAAUAAACAAGAUAGAAAUUGCAAAGGAGUUUGUCGUAGCAACACAGAUUGUGAAGCAGUUGAUACAACAAAAAACAAUCCAGAUAUGACAAGUCUCCCAACAGCAGAGCUGCAUUCACCACAGAAAAUGUCACCAACUUUGAAUCAAGAACACAGUUUGUCUGCAAUUGAUACAUUGCAAGUCACACAAGCUCUAAAUAAUUCUCAAAUGCCAGAUAACAGCAAUGAGAAUAACAGAAAACAUUCACAAACAGCAGAGAAGAAAAAGAAUAAAAGAGAUGCAGGUGACAAUAGUCAAAAUCAUGAAUAUCAAGAAAAUCAGUUAGAAACAGAAAAUGAAACCCCAGAGCCACCAAAAGUUAAUGAUCCAAACAUCGAGAUUAAAGAAAAUGAAAUUGUCACCAGCAUGAAAGACAAUAAUUCCCCCGUGACUGAACAAAAGAAAAUUAACAUUGAUUCUGACGAUGAUGAUGACUCACCAGAGAUGAAAUAUUUACCAAUCACUGUUAAGAUCACACCUCAUCGAUCUGAAGAUCAGGUGGACAAAGUAGUAAAGAAGGAAAAAUUUCUUCAGUCAAAAUCGCCCUCAGCUCAUCCAUCCAGUUACAAAAAUUCUCAGUCUCAACAAUCCGAGUUUGAUAUUCGAUUGGACAAAUUUGCUGCAAAAUUCUCUCGAGGAAACAGUGCAAAAGUCUUGAAUUUAAUUCACGGUCGAGAUGAAAAUACUUUUGGAGAAGAUUGGUGUGUCAGACAGAUAGAGAGGCACCAACUGCGACAGAUGCAGAGAAAUCUUCGCCUAAAGAGUGCUGAGAGACAACAACAAAUGUCAGCAGAAAAAAAAAUUAACCACAAAAAAGAUUACAAUGAAAAGAGUCAGAAAAUUAUAGCUGCUUCACAAAUUGACAAUACAACUCCACUUAAAAGAACUUCUGAAAAUGAAAAGGUCUUAUCUUCAGCCCCCAAGGGUAAAAUACCAACCCUUCGGUCAGAUCAGCAGCAAUAUCAAAACUCAAAGAUACCAAAACCUGGAAUAUCAAGCCUGCAGGAAAAAACAUUUGAAAAAGAAAUUUUCACAAGUUAUCGCCUCAGUUUCCAGAAGUCACAAGAGACAUCUCCCAGAAGACCAAAUACAAGCUGUUCUCAAGUUUCAAGCCACCCAAGAAAAUCUCUCAACAAUACAAGUUUUGCACAUACAAAAUCAAUUCCUGAAAAUGCUGGGCCUUGUCAGAUGGUUGUCUUGGGUGACAAUGUCAUACCCGAAUACAGAUUUCCCUCCCCGCUUGAAGUAAGGCUACUGGCCAAACGUUUCCCACAGAUGUGUAGUCGUAUCCUCUAUCAGCACUACAUGCAACCCCAUCUGCCGAACAGGCGAAUCACUUCUGCACCAUCUGGCAAAUGUUUUCCAACACACAAAUCAGAGAGACAUAACCCUUAA